CUCAGUGCCAUUAAACAAGGAGUGAGGAGGACCACACCAAAACACAUCAACAAAUUAAGACUAGCAAGGAUUAAACCACGUGUCCAAGCGUAUAACUGCAGGAUUCUGGGAGAGAUCACAAAAUUAAGGAGACGAUGAGUGGACAGUGGAGAUGAUGGACCACUAGUAGUCUGGGUGGAAGGACCCUUACAGGCAGGGAAAAAAAUUCUGGGAGGAUCAAGAGGAAUACUAGGCAAACUACAGAUGAAAGACGAUUCCUAAAAGCAUAACCAAGACGUCUUCUAAACAAGACAGACACCCAAAGAGCACCCAAAUAGCUCUGAGAGCUAAAGCAAGCCGAACUCAUUCAGAGAACAACUUUUCUCUGCACAGCACUUUGACAUCAAGCACAUCUCCUGUGUCUACAAGAGCAGAGAGCAUUUUGCAACACUCCUGUGCAGAACCUAGAAAAGCCUUCCACCCAAAUCUCUUUACAACAACUUCGCUACGAUCAUGACAAUGACUACCAUCGAUACAUCCACACCAUCACUCGAAAUCAACUCCACGUCCUCAAUCUAUAACAUGACAGAGACCAUUACUGUCCCCGCCAACUCCACCGAGCAAGGUCUCGACUUCGGCUGCAUUCCAGCAGAGGUGGCCUUUGUGGUGAUGGCUUCAGUGGGCAGUCUAGUUGUCUUCCUCCUGGCCUCCAUUCUGGUGCUGGCAUGUCAGGUGUGUCGGCUGCAGCGCCGUCAGCAAACCGGCCGACACACCCGCAGCAACGUGGACCUGGUCAGUGGAGCAGGCUACUGGGGAGCGGGCAACCAAGCCGAGGGAGGGGGCAUCGCCGGACCGUGUGAUGCCAGCGUCAUGCUGGAGGAGGUCAAGACGCAGGAGGAGCUAGAGGGCUCCGAGGAAGAGUUUGAGAACAGAAGCGAGGAGGGGAGCGAGGUGGUGGUGACCGAGGACAGCAGGGGUCAGCCAGGAAUCACCGUGGCCCCUGUGGGGGAGCUAGUCGACGUGAGUGUGACGAAAACCGUUCCGCCCCCGCCCCCACCCCCAUGCCAGGCUCCACUUCCACAGAGUCCUGCCUGGAGAUGGGCAGAGACCUGGAAGGUAUGCCACUGGUGGUGUGACAUCAAUGCAAUCUUGAGAAGGGGGGAUUAUGAGAGGAAUUUCUGCUCUUGUGAGAAGACUUGAUCCGACUUGUUAAAUCAGAUGAAAAGAAUAUAAUUUAAUUUCUUUCUUUUGGAUGCCUUAGUCACUUAGUUUUAAGACCCAUGGUUAUCAAUAACCAGUCGAGUAGGAGGAAGUUAUCAUCUGAAUAAACUUGUCACAUACUGUAAAAGGGAAAAAGUUUAAGACACAUCUCCAUACUGUAUGUCUGUUAUUACCUAGAUUAAUUAGACUGAGACCUUUCGAUAUAAUGCAAUUUAAAUACCUAUUUUCUCAGAAUGCUAUGUUCACAUACUGUAAUUUACAUACUACAAUAUUACUAGAUAUGUACAACUAGAGAGCCAUGCUUCUGCUAAAUGAUUUGAAUGUGGGUAAUGAAAUGAUUCCUGAAAUAACACAAACCUAACCAGGGAAAAGGGAAGUGCAUCUAUGUUAUAUGAAUAACUGUUCACACUGAAGCAACCCAUAUGUGUGUCUACUUUGUCUAUGUGGGGAUAUCGAUGAUUCAAUUCUUUAGAUAAUAUUUUACAAACUAAUAAACAGUCUACUGUGGAAUGGCAUGAUGGCGGUCAUCUGAAAUAUGAACAGUUACCGCCACAGUUAUUUGUAAAUUCUGUAAGUGUUUUGUGAGUUCCAAAUUAAAUAAACUCCUGCAAACCAA